AUGCAGACCUACCUGGAGCUGAGCAAUAAAGCAAAGAUGCCCAUCCUGGGUUUGGGUACAUGGCAGUCUCCUCUAGGGAAAGUGAAAGAUGCAGUGAAGCUCGCAAUUGACAUUGGGUACCGGCACUUUGACUGUGCCUACGUCUACGAGAAUGAAGUGGAGAUUGGAGAUGCAAUCCAAGAAAAGUUACAGCAUCAGGCAGUGACACGAGAGGAUCUGUUUGUAGUCAGUAAGCUGUGGUGUACGUUUCAUGAGAAAUCCAUGGUGAAAGGAGCAUGUCAAAGAACUCUUGCAUCUCUAAAGCUGGAUUAUUUGGAUCUCUACCUCAUGCAUUGGCCUAUGGGAUUCAAGGCUGGAGAGAAGCUAUUUCCAGAAGAUGAGAAUGGCAUGAUACUACCCAGUGAUACUGAUUAUCUGGAUACAUGGGAGGCUAUGGAGGAAUUAGUGGAUGCAGGUCUGGUGAAAUCCAUUGGUAUUUCUAACUUUAAUUGUGAGCAGAUUGAAAGGCUCUUCAAUAAACCAGGAUUAAAAUACAAACCAGUGAAUAACCAGAUUGAGAGUCACCCAUACCUGCCUCAGGAACAGCUGAUAAAUUUCUGCCACUCCAAAGGGAUUUCUGUCACUGCAUAUUGUCCUCUUGGAGCUCCUAAGUGGAUAUGGUCCAAUUCUGAGGAUUUAGUGCUCCUGGAUGACCCCAAGGUCAAAGAAAUUGCAGCUCAGCACAAUAAAACUCCAGCUCAGGUUUUGAUCCGUCUCCAAAUCCAAAGAAAUGUGAGCGUGAUCCCCAAGUCAGUUACUCCAAGUCGCAUUAAAGAGAAUUUCGAGGUGUUUGACUUUGAAUUGAGCCCCCAAGAAAUGGAAACUCUACUCAGCUUGAAUAAGAGACGCAGGAUUUGCACACUGAAUAUGUUCAAACUCCAUAAAGAUUAUCCUUUCAAGGAGGAUGAUUGAGGGUGACAUUGUAGCCCUAGAAGCCAACAGACAUUUUCCAUUGGCACGGUUGCCUUUACCCAUCUCUGUGGUCACACCCCAACACAGCACAGUUACUUGUCAUGGUACUCAGCAAAUUAGAACAAACGCAUGCAAGCAGCAAGAGGACGAUGAAACGGCAGCUGGAAACCAAGUUGAUUCUAACACUUGUUGGGUGAUUCAGCUGCAGCUAUUAAUUGUCACUUUGGUUUUACAUGAAAGAUUUUAAAAGUUACAUGUUCAUCAACUUUUUGCAACUAAGAAUCAAGUGCCUGAAUUUGUUUUCCCCCCCUCCUCCCUCCCAAUCGCCUUUCUUUUUGUGUCAUGUUUUCUAGAUUGUUAAGCCUGUGGGCAGGGACUGUCUUAAGAAAUAUUUUUGUAAGCUGCCUUGAGAACCUUUUUGGCUAAAGGGUGGGAUAAAAGUACUAUAAUAAAUAAAAUAAAUGGACUGCUCUCCAUGAUUAAUACAGAGGGCCAAGAAACAUUAACUGCAUUGCUUAAUAUUUGCUCAGCAAAAGGCAAUGGCCACAUUUGGUGGUCAUGUGAGGGAACUGACUGUCAUUUCCGGUUAU